GAGCNACGAAGAGGAGGAAGAGGAAACAGAAGUUCAGAAGGGUCCGAUGGAGGACGAAGAGGCUCUGGAGGAGGAGAAGAAGAAGAAUCUAUCCAUCCUGCAGAGCGUCCUCGGAACCAGCCAACAGGCCAGCAGCAAAACGUCCCGCAAAGCCAAGCAGUUCAGAGACGUGUCGGCGCUGCACUACGACCCGAGCAAAGAGGAGCACACUGCAUUCGAGACCAAAACAGAAGAAACCAAAAAGGAGAGUAAGGCGGCCCGCAGGAAGAAGAGGGAAGAGGCUCAGAAGCUGCCUGAAGUUUCCAAGGAGAUUUAUUUCCAGGUGUCCGGAGACCUGAAGGCCGUGUUCGGCCAGACGAACGACGGCUCUGCUGAGGGAGAGGAGGGGACAAACUGGGAUAAAGUGGAGGAAGAAGAGGGAGGAGGAGAGGAAGAACAGCUGCUGCCCUCCCUCCUGUCAGCUGAUCCCAGCUCCAAGUCGGAGGAAUCCUCUGGAUUCAGAUUUUCCUUCUUUGGAGACGAAUCAGCAGCCGGAAGCGGAGAGACGGCGGAGUACAAAACUGAGAAGAUCCAGGCGCCGAAGGUCUCCUGGCACCAAGACCCACGUUUCCAUGACAGCAGCUCUGAGGACGAGCUUGAGGAAGAUGAGGAGGAGGAGGAGGAGCACGAGGAGCAGCAGAGCAGCGUUGAGGCUAAAAACACAAAGGAGGAGACGCCGUCACAGCCUGAUUUCUUCUUCUUCUCUUCUGAUGACCACAGACUGAAAGAGGGGCCCAGGUUGUUCUGUCGGACCUCCCAGCUGGAGGAGCAGAGGGAGGAGUGGGAGGAGAGGACCAGCACGCUCAGACAGGAAUACCGCAAGAAGCACAGAGACGCCCAGAGGAAGCUGAAAAGCGCUCGGAAGACCAGAGGAUCAUGGGAAGUGUAGUCUUCCAGUGAGCAUGGCUCUGAAGAGUUUUGGUUUCGCUGCUGAGUUUGAACCGGUUCUGUGCUGAACAAAACUUUAUUAAAACAAAGCAAAAAUAAAAAAGUGUUAGACAGAAACUCAGAAAAUAAUUUAACAAGAUAUUUGAAAAUAUGUCAAUACAUUUUUUACCCUGCUCACACAUUAGUAAAGUAUUAAAUCUCAAAGUUUUGAUCUAA